AUGCGCAGCGGAGGAGUGGGUGGCUUCUCACAGGCGCGGGCAGCGCGGCGGCGUCGCCAGGACCCCGCGCUGGGACAAGAGGCCACAACAGAAGAAUACACCUGAGCUGCUUACUCAAAAGACAAGGAACCACUACAGAUCAGUAAAAAGUGCCGUGGUGGCCUCGCCUCCCCCUGCUGAUUUGGGAUUUGUGCGCUUGCCUCUUGCCAGCUUGCGCCAUCAUCCCCGCGGAGCAACCACUCCCCUGCCCUUCCUGGAUCGAGAAGACCAGCCCCAGCGAUGGGGUGGAAGAGGUGGACCCUUCUCCUGGCCCUUCUCCUACGGAGGGCUUGGGGAGAAAAUGACGAGGAAAGGGGGACCUGGAGGGAAAACUCGCCCGGCAACUUUUCCAGCAUUUUGGCCUCAGGAAAUAACCUCUCUCACUGUUGGAUCUGUCACCACCACCCGCAAGAGGGGGUUCCUCUGCUCCAGUUUGUGCCUGUAGAUGAGGACGUGGACCUCACCCUGACUUCUGAGCCCGUGAGGAGCGCACCGCUGCUGAUGGGGCAGCUCCAAGAUCGUGACCAUAUGGGGUGUAUAGAGCUUACAGACCCUUGGAACCAAACCGGUCUCCAGGUCAAGCGGCCCCUUCUCUGCACGGCGCCAGGAAAGCCCUGCUGCCCCUGCCAGACAGACACCUGCCUUGCUGACGCGGGAAGCGCCCUCUCCAUUUAUCCGAUGUCAUUUUCCACUUCAAGCUCCUCGUGCACCCCUAACCAGACGCACUGGUGUGUGGACCCGUCUCUCCUCUCCCCAGGCACCCAGCCCAACACCUCGUGUACGCACUGGAAGGGAACCGCAGCCCCAUCCUGGAGGCUCACCUAUCAGACCCCAUCUGCCUUCAGUGAUGACGAGGGAAUAGAGGAAAACUCAGAACUAGACAGGGGCCCACUAGACGGAGGGCCCCUGUCCCCCAGGUGCAGUAAUAAACCUAACUGGGGUUCCCUUUUACGUCGCUGGUUCAACUCCACCUCACCCCGCCAGGCCUGCACCCCCGCUGGAUAUCUGUUCCUCUGUGGUCCAGCGCACAACCGACUCCCCUUUGAAGGGAACCCGAAUUCCUCCUUCUCCUGGCCUCUCCAGGCUGCCGCCUAUCCCUGCUUAGACAACGUCCACUUCCGGGGAGAAUGCACCCUGGGGCGACUGGUCCCUAAAGGACUAGGUGCCACCGAACACAAUGCCACCUCUCAAAACAGACAUAAUUGGCCCCUCGGACUAAUCCUGGCAGGGGUUGGGGCGGCCCUGGGACUCGCCACCCUGGGAGGGUUUUGACUAUCACGAAACAACCUUAAGAAACCUCACACGAGCCAUAGACAGUCUGGCUUCAAAAACUAGUGAUGCCUUAAGGGGGCCCCAGGAGUCCCUGGUUUUCAUCUUCACCGGUGUCGUAGUUGACCCCGAUUUAUCUUAACCCUGAAUUAUCUUCUGGCUUAACAAGGGGGUGUCUGUGCAAGUUAACAAAACUUGCUGUUCAAACGUCAACAGCUCGAAGAAAAUUGAACUAGAUACUCAGGAAAUUUAUGAACAAACUAAAUGGUUACAUAGAAUUAACCCCACCGCCCACUGUGGGACUGGGUUAAAGGUUUCAGCCCUGGUGUUACUUGGUUCCUGCCUCUCCUGCGCCCUCUAGUGGCCACAGUUCUUUUGUUACUAUUUAGAUCCUGCCUGUUUAAUCUUUCAGUUAGGUUUGUGUCUUUCAGCCUUCAGCAGUUCCAAGUGAGGCUCCUGGUGGCCCCAGGAUUUCAGCCCAUCCCAUUGAAGGUGACCCAAGUCCCUCCAGGUGCUUGGAUCGCUCAGUGCAGGACUUCUACGCCUCCCGGGUAGGCUAGGGUCUGCAGCCCCUGUUCAGCAGGAAGUAGAUGCAGAAGAGACCUUUGGCCCCUUGACCCUUAGGAAUAAGGGGUGUAGACUGCCUUGGGGGGGAAUGAGAUGGUCUGGGGCCUCAGGUCAUCAAGCAGGACGCUGGCACCUGGGCAACGCCUCCUUGAACAACAGGAAGCUGGCAGCUGUAACAGACCAAGAUGUGAAGCUUCCUUAAGCAACAGGAUGCUGAAGGCCAUAAAUCAGCCCCAAAGUGAUUAAACACAACCUCAGGCCUGUGCAGCAGGGGCAGUGCUGACCACUGUGUUGCCUUUUAGGUGGCGGUAGUGAGCAAGCCCUUUUGGAGGUGCCAGAUCAGAAAGCAGAGAUCUACACAUGAUCCCUGCAUAUGGCACAACCAAGGGGGACAGACAGACGCCUAAGCAUGUCUCUGCCUGUCCUGCAGCUCCACACCGCCCCCCCACCCCCGUCACCCCGCCUAAGGACCAGUGAAGUGGGUGAGGUCACCUGGGUCUUGCUCCCUUGUGCUGCAGUGCAAGCCCCUGAUAAAGCCUGGUCUGAAAUUCUCAUCUGGCCUUUUGGCAGUUUCUCUUGAUUCAAGAGUCCAAGGGCCCCCUUGGAACAUAAAUGGCAGCAAAGUGCUGGUGCUGAGAAGAUGAGGAAAGAAAGCACUCAAGAACUAUGGCCCCAGAGGCGGCUCGGAAGGAACAAGAUGAAAUAGUGCUCCUUCUUAAGGCAGUUCUGACCCCUUUGCUUCCCAGGAACGUCUGGGCUGUGGCUAAGUCAGUGUAGAUUUCCAUUUUCAGGACGACAGUGUGGGUAAGACGGCUGGACCCUGGUAGGGGUUACUGUCCUGUCUGUUGUGAUUGCUGUCUUGUGACUUGGGUGCUGUGUGAAAGGAAGCAUCCAGCCACUCAGCCAUAUGUGUGCAGCCUGUACACGCAGGCACAUUAAAUUUUUACUUAAUCAUAA